AUGGACGCUGAAGCGAGGAGAAAACAUUGCGGUCUCUUAAUGUUUGAUGCUCCAACCGUGUCUGCAAGAUCUCAAACAUCAAGAAGCAAUGACAUUAUCAUUAACAACAUGUCAACGCGGGGAGUUGACUCUUCCGCAUUGAAUAAUAAUCUCUCCUAUGAAUCCUCCCGUAACGCUAGUUCAAUGAUCAAUGAUUUUGACAUCUUUCAGGAUUGCACUUCUGACUUUUCUACUACCACGCGCGCGCUGGCGGCUGGAGCUGCUGCUGGUGAUGAUUUUAUUCAUCAUGGUUCUGGCGAUUUAUUAAAUGGUGAUGAGUCUGUACAAAGAAAUGUCGAUAAACGUAGACAACAACGUAAGCAAACUUCUCCAAGGGAUUCCACAGACAAUAGGAAUUAUUCAGUCUCAACUGGUACUACUGGCCCUCAUAGAAGAAAAUCAACCAGAAGUGGAAAUAAAAGCCCCGCAAAGUCAGAUUUUACUGAAGGCUUACAACAAUCACCCAUUAAUAUGUCACCACAAGAUACCAACAUGACACCUCGAAAUGAACCUACAAAUUCUUCAUAUACAGUUCUUCCAAGUCUUCCAAGUCCAGAAAUUCCUACAUUGGUGGAUCCCCCCGUAGAAUAUGGAUCUCAACAACAAAUUAAUCCAGUUACAUCUCAUUUACCACUUACACCGAUUUCUCCACCUCAAAUGCAAUGUGAACAAGAAUUUAAAGUUCGUCAACAACAAUAUGAUCCAAAUCUUUUACGAUAUGUUCCAGGAGGUAUUCAAGUUUAUCAUAAUCAAGGAAACGCACCACAACUCCCCUUCACAUCCAUGGACGGAUUUAUUCCUUCCUAUAAUCCUUUAGAAUAUUAUAUUACAUCAGAUGUUCCAGAUGUGGCACAACAACAACAGCAGAUGAAUGCGGAAACUAUGCUUCAUUAUGAACAACAUCAAAUUACACAUACGCCUACCGUUUCAUCCUCAAACAAUCCAUCCCCUAAUGAAAGAACCUCCCUAUAUCCGCAACAACCUGCUCAAUAUUAUCAUAAUGGAACGAAUACUGCUGGUAACGUAAACAGCAAUCCAACGUAUUUAAAUUUUCUCGCAGGAUACGAGUGUCAAAACUUUUUGGGUGGUUCUGUGAAUCAUCACAUUCAAUAA